AAGGCAAGGCCUUCGGAGUUGCGGAGAUUUUGUAGAGACCUAUGCUACGCUCGGCGGAAAAGGAGAAAAUGACGGCUAAUGAAAGGGACAAACAGCUAUGCAAAUAGUAGAAAGCUACCUUUCCACCCAAGAACUAAGCUGAGCGGUGAAACCAGGUGGCACGAAUAUGUUGGCGUCAUCUCGCAGCGCCCGAAUCACUACCGAGAAAGGAAAGGCCUUGGUAUAUCUUCUGUGUCUCUGGUGACUUUGUUAAAGUUCAUAGCACAGCUACAGAAGAAUGUGUACACAUAUUGCAAGGGCACAGAAAUCUGGUGACUGGAAUCCAACUCAACCCCAACAAUCAUCUACAGCAGGGUGAUGUAGAGGCAGCACGCACCCCUGGCAGUGAGAGUGGCCCCACCAGGCUCCUUCCCCAGGAACUGCUCAGCAUCAAGCUACCAUAGCUUUAAGCUAUGAUCAUCUGUGCUUUAUCUCAAUAUAUGUUGUACAUCCAUUAGCAAGAUGAAUCCCAAGUUGUAUUCUUGUUCCUUUGAUGGCACAGUUAAACUGUGGGACUAUGUAGAUGGCAUUUUAAUAAAGACUUUCGUAGUAGGGCUUAAACUUCAUGCCCUCUUUACUCUACCCAGUGCUGAGGAUUCUGUCUUUGUUAUAAUAAAUAAAGAAAAACCAGAUGUAUUUCAGCUGGUUUCAGUGAAACUGCCAAAAUCAUCAAGCCAGGAGAUAGAAGCGAAGGAGCUCUCCUUUGUUUUGGAUUAUAUAAACCAGUCACCCAAGUGCAUUGCCUUUGGAAAUGAGGGGGAAUAUGUUGCUGCAGUACGGGACUUUUACUUGUCUGUUUAUUUUUUCAAAAAGAAAACAACAUCAAGGUUUACUUUAUCAUCAUCAAGAAAUAAGAAACAUGCUAAGAACAAUUUCACAUGUGUAGCAUGUCACCCAAAGGAAGAUUGCAUAGCAACUGGUCACAAGGAUGGCAAAAUUCGUCUUUGGAGGAAUUUUGAUGAUGAUAAGAAAUACACAUACACAUGUUUACAUUGGCACCAUGAUAUGGUUAUGGAUUUGGCUUUUUCAGUGACAGGCACCAGUCUGCUGAGUGGUGGUCGUGAAUCUGUCCUUGUAGAGUGGCGCGAUGCAACAGAGAAGAAUAAGGAGUUCCUCCCCCGUUUAGGAGCUACUAUUGAACACAUUUCAGUCUCACCAGCAGGGGAUUUGUUCUGUACUUCUCACUCUGAUAAUAAAAUAAUAGUCAUUCACAGAAACCUUGAGGCUUCCGCAGUAAUUCAAGGCCUAGUGAAAGACAGUAAUAUCUUCACCGGUUUGAUGGUUGAUCCCAGAACUAAAGCUUUGGUUUUAAAUGGAAAACCUGGCCAUUUGCAGUUUUAUUCUCUCCAGCAUGAUAAGCAGUUGUACAAUUUAGAUAUUAUACAGCAAGAAUAUAUCAAUGAUUAUGGUCUGAUCCAAAUCGAGCUAACAAAGGCUGCAUUUGGCUGCUAUGGUAACUGGCUUGCAACAGUGGAACAACGUCAGGAAAAGGAAACAGAGCUUGAAUUGCAAAUGAAACUGUGGAUGUAUAAUAAGAAAACACAAGGGUUUGUUCUUAAUACAAAGGUUAACAUGCCACAUGAAGACCACAUCACAGCUGUCUGUUUCUGUAAUGCAGAAAAAUUUGAAAACCCCACCUUGGUUACAUCUAGUAAAGAUGGUCACUUCAAAGUAUGGAUAUUAACAGAUGAUUCUGAUAUAUACAAAAAAGCCGUUGGCUGGACUUGUGACUUUGUGGGUAGUUAUCACAAAUACCAAGCAACUAACUGUUGUUUCUCUGAAGAUGGCUCUUUACUAGCAGUCAGUUUUGAGGAAAUAGUUACAAUAUGGGAUUCAGAGACAUGGGAACUUAAAUGUACAUUCUGUCAACGAGCUGGGAAAAUAAGGCACCUUUGCUUUGGGAGAUUGACUUGUUCAAAGUAUCUUCUUGGUGCUACUGAAAAUGGCAUUCUUUGCUGUUGGAAUCUGCUCAGUUGUGCAUUGGAAUGGAGUGCAAAAUUAAAUGUUAGAGUUAUGGAACCUGAUCCUAAUUCAGAGAAUAUUGCUGCAAUCUCUCGGUCUUCAGUGGGUUCAGACUUGUUUGUAUUUAAACCUAGUGAGCCAAGGCCAUUGUAUAUUCAAAAGAAUAUCUCCAGAGAGGAAGUCCAGUGGGGAGUGUUUGUUCCACGAGAUGUCCCUGAAUCAUUCACCUCAGAUGCUUACCAAUGGCUGAACAGAUCCCAGUUUUACUUCCUAACAAAAUCACAGAGUUUAUUGACAUUCAGUACAAAGUCUCCAGAAGAGAAACUCACACCAACAAGCAAACAGCUACUAGCAGAAGAAAGUCUUCCAACAACCCCAUUUUAUUUCAUAUUGGGAAAGCACAGGGAACAGCAGGAUGAAAAAAUAAAUGAAGCUUUCGAGAGUGAACUGGUACAACUACCCUUAACAGAAAAUAUACCUGCGAUUAGUGAGCUUCUUCAUACUCCAGCCCAUGUAUUGCCAUCUGCUUCCUUCCUGUGCUCCAAGUUUGUAAGCUCAUUGCUGCUGUCUAAGGAGACCAAGAGUGGUGAAGAAAUUCCUGAAGAUGUAGAUAUGGAAGAAGGAAAAGAAAGUGAUGAUUCAGAUGAAGAAAAUGAUUUUACUGAAAAGAUCCAGGAUACAAAUAACACAGACUUGGGAGAAGACCUUCUACAUCAGUUGUCAAAAUCUGAAGAAAAAGAACUAAGAAAAUUCAGGAAAGUAGACUACAGCUGGAUAACUGUCCUUUGAGCCUUGGAGGUGGGGGAAGGUUCUUGCACUUUGUGUUUUUUUAUUGUACAUUGAUACUCCAAAAACAUCUAAUGUUCUUUCUCUUCUUAAAAUAUUAAAUAUGAACAGGAUUUACUUUUUAAAUAACUGGUAA